UCCGUGCACGUUGGCGUGAGGUAUCGCUUCCACCGGGCUACUUUUUUUAAUCUCUAGCUUUCUUUAAAGAGAGAAAGAAAUCUGUAUAUCAAGGACGCCCGCCGGAAAAAAAAAAAAACAACAAAAAAAAUCAGACUACGAACAUUUCUUUCUCCUUCUGUUGAACCUUUUCGCUUUAAUUUGAUUGGGUGAAUUUGUCCAUCCCGGCCGGUGUGGAACUACUCUUUCCCAUUUUUUACUGGGUUCACUGGAGCAGUGGGUGGAAGUGUUAACUGGAGGCUUUGAACAUCACAAAGUGAGGAGACCUGAAACCUCGAGAGCUGACAGCAGAGUUGUUCAAGGUGUUAGCAGCAGAGUCCUGGCUGAUGGAUAAUCUGAAGCUUACGCUCUUCUUAAUCAUCCUCUCCACUGUUUCAAGUAACAAUGACCUGGACUGGAAUUUUUGUGGUACAUGGCGCCAUGGCAGGGACCCCCUGAACCUGAACCUCAACAUCUCUACAGGCUGUAAAGGGAUCGACAUUUCAGCCAAUGAGAACGUUCUGUCUGUUACCGGGCGGAUCACAGCACAGUGUGAGCGGUCUGAGGUGAUUUCCCUCAACCAGCUUGGACUGAGUUCAGGGGGGGACAUCGACUUCUGUCUGUACUGGGAGCCACUGCUGGACCAGUUGAAGCUGACUCUUGGAGGACAGACCCUUGCUCUGUGCUGGCCUUCAAGCCUGCAGGAUUCCUGCUGUACUGACCUGACCGAUGGCCCAAAAACAAAAAUAACGACCUACGGCAUCUUCAAUACCAGGAUCAAAACUGAUCACAUCACCAACGACACACUGAUGGCCUACAACUUUAACGGAGGCGCCAUCAGCUACAGUGAAUUAUGUGAACAAGCAAACCGGGAAUCUGAAGACAACAAGUGUGCUGAGCCGCCGUACGCUCACAGAUCUGAGGCGGAGCUAAAGGAAGAUUUCAGAGGCCGCAGCAUCACAUCACCUGCCAUCGAGGGUAGAUCUUUCAAGUCCAGCAUCACCAUCCAUCUCCCUCCUGCGUUAAAACAAGCUGCAAAAAAGGCUAACAAAGUCGCCUGCACUUUCUUCAAGAACAACUCCCUGCUCCAGGAGGGUCACAAAGAUGCCAAGCCUAUCAGUGAUGUGGUGGAAAUCACAGUGGAGAAUGAAAUCAUCAAAGAUCUGUCUGAGCCCAUUACGAUUGACUUUUAUCAUGAAGUCGUGUCUGAAAGGCAUUCAAGGAGAUGUGUUUCCUGGGACACCAGAAAAGAUUCUCUGCAGGUGAACUGGUUGGAUGAUGGAUGUGAGACGCAGCACAGAGGAGAAAGCCACACUGUGUGUCUGUGUAACCAUCUGACUUACUUCACUGUGCUGGUGGACCUGAAUCCUGCACCAGUGCGCCAUCUAGCGGCCCUCACUGCCAUUACAUAUCUGGGAUGUGCUGUGUCUGUGAUCAGCUGUGUUGCUCUUAUAGUUUAUCUCUGCAGGAAAAGAAGGCGAUCAAAGGAGCAGUCCCUGCCCAUCCACUUGGGGUUAGCCGUGUCCCUCGCCUUCCUCAGUCUGAUCUUUUUCUUUACUGGAAUCAUGGCCAACGUGGGAGGGGAGAGCGUGUGCACCUGGGUUGGGGCAGUGCUUCACUAUGCCCUCCUCAGCUCAUUCCUCUGGAUGGGCAUUGAAGUGUUGCACACUUUCUGGUUGGUCUACAUGCUCUUCACCCCCCACCUGAAGCCCUACAUAUGGAUUCUGGUCGGUUUCGUUCUUCCUGCGGUUCCUGUUGUCAUCAUGGCUGCAGUAGGUAAUAUUUAUGGGAUGAUUGAGGUGACACCAAGUGAUGACCCUUCUAAUCCAUAUAAGAUGUGCUGGAUGAAACUGAAUGAGCAUGAGGCCUGGCUGGCCUUCUGUUUAACCAACAUCACCCUUCUGGCCCUCCUGGUGUCAUCGGGCAUUGUGAUGCUCUUCCUGGUUUACAGACAGAUCCGCACCAGGGAAGAAUGGAAACAGAACCGUGUGGCUUUUCUCAGCAUCUGGGGCCUCAGCUGCCUCUUUGGGACGACUUGGGGUCUGACCUUCCUCAAGGUUGAGCCCCUCUCUACUGUCAUCCUCUUCCUCUCAUGCAUCCUCAACUCAUUCCAAGGCUUCUUCCUGAUGCUGCGGUUCUGCAUGCUGGACUGGAUGCGGAAACAGGCCGGUGGCUCCAGUCUUGGCAGCAGCAGCACCGGAUCUACCAGGCAACACAUGCUGCAGGCUCAGGAGAAGAGCUAAGCGGACUGAGAUGCUGCAGUCGGUCUGUCGCCACUGAUGGAGAAGUUGGAGGCUCACUGUGAUGGUGCAGCAGGUUCUCCAUGUAGCCCACACUUCUUAACUCUGCUGAUGUAAUCUGGAAGUACCCACCACAGACCAGCUGGACUGGAAAACACAGAUAUUACCUCAGUGAAUUUCCUGCUGUGGUCCUAAUUUGGUGUAACUGUCAAAGUAAUGAUGGGUCAGCACUUGUUCCAAAGCACAAUCUAUCUGCAACAAAUUAGUUACAUUGUUGGAUGUAUGAACGAGUUCAUGUUGUUUAUUCACUCCAUAUUAUUUAUUCUUGAGCUUGUGUUUUACUUGGUUAUUUAGUAAUCAUAACCAGAGUUUAAAAAAACUCUUUACUAAUUAUAUUUGUUUUUUUAGUUAUAGCUCCAGAUGUUGCUCAUUCUGAUUUAUAAUUCAUUUGGGUGGGGAUUAGCUAAAUAUGAGAUAAUAAAUCUUGUUAAAAUAUUUUCAUCCAAAUUGCAUUAAGAAAAAGAUUCUUCUAAUUUAGGCCAGUGACAAAGAAAUGACAGCAUCACUCAGGAACUCCUCUUUCAGGCCUGGAGCCUGUUUGCAGAAAAUCUAGACUGGCUCUAGUUAUAGAAGGGAAAAUAUGUGAAAUUAGAAAUUAAGCUGGAAAUAAUCUUGAGUUAUUUCUAACAGGGAAACUAUGAGGAAUGCAGACUACUGUGCUGAGAUUUCUAUUCUGUUGUAUAUAAAAAGAAAGCUAUAUAAUAUUAGUGAAGAUCUUUUGAAUGUUAGAUAAGCUUUUUUAUUUUUUUGUACUGUGCGCUCUUUUAUAGCUGGUUCUUAAGUUGUUUAAAGUAGCACUUUAGAUUAUCAGUCAUUUAAACAUGUACUUGUUGAACCCCAGUGAGCUUUUAUAUUGUUUUGAUAUGCAGACAUAAGAUCUCAUAUACCAUACACACUGCAAAUUAAUACCUGAAUAUUUUAUGACUGCAGUCACUCCAUUUUUUUCAACUUCAAACAUAAUUGGUGACUUCAAACAUAAUUCAAACAUAAUUGGUGUGUCUUUGUAUUUAAAAUGGGCCAAAACGCAUGUAUUUGGUUGGCAGGAUGUGUUCCAGUAUUAGACAGAAAUGUAAAAUUAUGAUGUAUUUAAUUUGAGUCAAUCGUGUCCGGCAGAACACACAUCUGUAAGCUCUGUAAACACACACGGUACCAGUCAAAGUUUGGACACACCUUCUCAUUCAGUGGUUUUUCAUUAUUUAAGAAUUGUCUGCAUUAAUACUAAAGUCAUCCAAACUAUGAAGCUGAUUGAGAGAAUGCUGAGAGUGCAAAGCUGUGAUCAAAGCAAAAGGAGCCGAGUUUGAAGAAUCUGACACAUAUUUUGGUUUGUUUAAGUUGACUACGUUUCCUUAUGUGUUCCUUCAGUCUGGAUGACUUCAGUAUUAAUUUACAAUGUAGGAAAAAAAUAAAAACAUUGAAUGAGAAGGUGUGUCCAAACUUUUGACUGGUGCUGUAUGUAAACUGUGAUGUUUGCACUUUUUUUUUUCUAAACUUAACAUGUAUAUUACUAUAUUACUUAUUGUGUAUAUUUAGGUUUUCUGGAUGUUUAUGGACUUUUAGUAAAAAUCUUUUGGUUAAAAAAGAACUAACAGCUGUGUGUUUGUCUAAAUGCGUGCCACGCUGUACAACAAGCACAUUUGUGGCUUGCUGUUUUCCUGCUCCCUCCCUCUUAUCUGCUUCCUCCCCAGGGUCUUUUUUUUUGUGGUCUAAUUGUUUCUCUCUUGUUGCUUGUUUGCCAUCGACAGUGUGCGACAGUGUGAACAUAUUUGGUGGAAGAAGUCAGCCGGAUGGUUACAAGAAAAAGCUUAAUGUCGUUCUCGAUGUCUUACAAAAACUUACAAACCUUU